AUGAAUUCUGACUCCAGCUCUGUCUCCAGCAGAGCUUCCUCGCCAGACAUGGAUGAGAUGUACCUGAGAGAACACCACCACCACCAUCACCACCAUCACCACCAAGACAGCCGGCUCAACUCCGUCUCCUCCACCCAGAACGACCUCGUGCAGAAGAUGUCCGGGGAAGGCCUCUCCAGGAACGGUUCCAAGGCCGGAGGGGAAGGCAGCAAGUACAAAAUCAAGAAGCAGCUCUCGGAGCAGGACCUGCAGCAGCUGCGGCUGAAGAUCAACGGCCGGGAGCGUAAGAGGAUGCACGACCUUAAUCUCGCCAUGGACGGGCUGCGGGAGGUGAUGCCCUACGCCCACGGACCUUCCGUGAGAAAACUCUCCAAAAUAGCCACCCUCCUGCUAGCCAGAAAUUAUAUCCUGAUGCUUACCAGCUCCCUGGAGGAGAUGAAGAGGCUGGUGGGGGAAAUCUACGGGGGGCACCACUCGGCCUUUCACUGCGGCACG